AUGUCCGUCCUCGCACACCGCUCCCAGGUUCUGACCCUCUACAAGGAUCUCCUCCACCACUCCUCCAAGUUCGCCGCCUACAACUUCCGCGACUAUGCCGUCCGCCGCACCCGGGAUGCAUUCCACGCCGCCAAAAACGAAACCGACCCCGCCAAAAUCGAGGCCCUGAUCCACAAGGCCGAACAACAGCUCGAGGUCGUCAAGCGUCAGUCGUUGAUCUCCCAGCUUUACGGUGGCGAGAAGCUUGUCGUUGAGAACCCCAAGAACCAAAAGAUUCUUCGGAGACACUAG